CAUGGAUUUGUUUUCCCCGCGAAUUGAAGGUGAAUCGUUGAAAAAUAAUUGAAGUAUGAAUGAGGGAAAUGAAAUGGAAGGGGAGAAUCCCAAAGGCGAAUCUCCUGAACCUGCAUCAAACCCAGUGGAAGUCGAAGAAGGAGAGUCUAGUAAAGCGGCAUUCAACGAAGCUGAGGAUGCAGAGCUUGCAAACGCAGCAACUGCCGAAGAAUAUUUGGACAAACACGGAGAUAUCCUUCUGGAUUAUGAGCGACAAAUGUUCUUGGAUUUGAUCCAUCACGAUGGUCUUCUAAUCACAGCACGAGGAAUUUCAUAUGACCGGGUAUUGGUUAACAUCCUGAAAGUUUAUGCAGACCCUGGUAAUCUCAUCCUAGUUCUUAACAGUUCGGACUGGGAGGAGAAUUAUUACAAAUCACAACUGGAUCCGAAGUAUGUCCACGAAGUAGCAGCAAACGCAAAUGAAAGAGAACGCGUAUACCUUGAAGGCGGAAUCCAGUUCAUAUCCACUCGGAUUUUAGUUGUAGACCUUCUAAAGAAACGUAUCCCUAUUGAGCUCAUUACGGGGUUAAUAGUUCUUCGCGCGCACACGAUAGUUGAGUCGUGUCAAGAAGCCUUUGCCGUUCGAUUAUUUCGGCAGAUAAAUAAGACAGGCUUCAUUAAGGCCUUUUCAAGCAGUGCAGAAGCCUUCACUAUUGGAUACAGUCACGUAGAGCGAACCAUGCGCAACGUUUUUGUGAAGGAACUGUUCAUUUGGCCUCGAUUUCACGCAAUUGUUAAGGGUUCGCUUAAGCCGUACGAGUCGCAAACGGUUGAAUUGCAUGUUCCAAUGACAACAAAUAUGACGAAAAUUCAGACUCAGAUUCUGGAUAUUAUGAAUUAUUUGGUCAAGGAGUUGAAGAGAAUCAAUAGAUCGUUGGAUUUAUCUGAAAUUACGGUGGAGAAUUGCGUUACAAAAAAAUUUCACAAGAUCUUGCAAGCACAGUUAGACUGCAUUUGGCAUCAAUUGAAUUCACAGACGAAGUUGAUUGUUUCUGAUUUGAAGGUGUUGCGGAAUUUGAUGAUAUCCACUAUUUACGGCGACGCCGUCAGUGCCUAUGCACUAGUAAAACGCUAUCGGACAACUGAAUAUGCACACAAUAACUCCGGCUGGAUUCUACUGGAUGCAGCGGAAAAUUUAUUCAAAGCUGCUAAGGAUCGUGUUUUCAAUAGUGAACAACAAUUCUGUCCAGAGCUCUGUCCGAAGUGGAGAGUACUAUCCGAGAUACUACGUGUGGAAAUCCCUAAUGAUGUGAAACGUUCGAAAGAAAAAUCUAAUGACACUGUGAAAGUUUUAAUCUUAUGUCAAGAUUCUCGAACUUGUCAUCAACUCAAUCAAUAUCUAACGGAAGGUGGCGAGCGAUUCCUUCUCUUUAUGGCUAUGAGGAACGAGAUACCUGUUAAUAAGCUUGCAGAUAGUUACAAAAAUAUUCAAAACCAUCGAAAGUUAGGGGUACAACGUAAAGAAAUUACCAGCAAAAAUGCAUCUCAAAAAUUGAAAUCAACUCCAAAAGAAGUUAAUCUUGAAACGAACGAGAAAAUCGACGAAGAGAGUCAAAUUCUUAUGGGGAAGGAUGAUAAAGUGCAGAAGGAGGAAGAUGAAUUAACAGAAUUUCUAACACAAAAUGAUCCAGAAGAUAUGGAUGUGUAUCAAGAAAGUUACGUGCUUACAUUAUCUCAACGUGCUGGAUUUGAUACUAGUGUGGAAAUUGAAAAUGAUGAACAUUUGGAUGCAACCUUGAUGGAAAGUGCGGACUUUGAACCAUUUCCAGAGUUAGAAAAUUUGGACAUCACGUCGAUAAUGUCAACUAAUAAACAACCAAUUGUUUGUAUUCAAACUUUUAAAACUGAACGUGAAGGUUCAACGGCACUCGAGCGUACUUUGAAUGAAGUGGAUCCGCAAUACAUUAUCAUGUAUCAUAGUAAUGUAACGGCAAUUCGGCAACUAGAAAUAUUUGAAGCUCGCAAGAAACGGCCGCUCCAUAAACGUCUUAGGGUUUUUUUCUUAAUGCAUGCAGGGACAGUGGAAGAACAGUCGUAUCUAACCAGCUUAAGAAGAGAAAAACAAGCGUUUGAGUUAUUGAUUGAAGCAAAGAAGUCUAUGGUCGUACCGGAAUAUCAGGACGGUCGAACGGAUGAAGCUUUUAUAUUAUUGAAAGCCCAUGAAGAUGAUGAGGUAGGACCUGAGAUAAAUACAAGAGAGGCUGGCGGUCAAAAACCACAAAACCUCGAAGUACCAAAAAUCAUUGUUGAUAUGCGAGAGUUUCGGUCGGAUCUGCCUUGUUUGAUUCAUCGUCGCGGAAUGGAAGUUAUACCAGUGACGAUAACGAUAGGUGACUAUAUUUUGACACCAGAAAUUUGUGUUGAACGUAAAUCUAUUUCUGAUUUAAUCGGAUCACUGAAUUCCGGGCGGCUUUACAACCAAUGCAUUCAAAUGCAACGAUAUUACUCGAAACCAAUUUUGCUUAUCGAGUUCGAUCAAAAUAAACCAUUCCAUUUGCAGGGCAAAUAUAUGAUAUCAGGAGAGUCAAUUACUUCGAACGCUGAUAUUGUGCAAAAACUGCAACUGCUAACAUUACAUUUUCCCAAAUUACGCUUGAUUUGGUCACCAAGCCCAUACGCAACAGCGCAACUGUUUGAAGAGCUGAAACAAGGCAAAAGUCAACCAGAUUCGGCAAAAGCUGCAUUGAUUGGUUCAGAUGAAUCGAAUCCAACAGAAAUCGAUAAAUUUAAUACAAACAUUUUCGAUUUUAUGAUACGCCUGCCAGGAAUAAAUUCAAAGAAUAUUGGCAAGGUCAUGCGGCACGGGGGGUCCUUGAAGGAGUUAUUGAAGAAAUCAGAAGCGGAUUUGGCUGAACUUCUAGAUUCCCAAGCGAAUGCAAAGUUAUUAUGGAAUAUUUUGCAUGUGGCACAUUCGCCUGCCCCUACUGAGCCCAACGAUAAACCAUUCACUUCAAAGUUCCGAAGAGGUCGCGGGCGAGGCCGGCGAUUUUGAAAAUGCUCUGGGUUUUUUUUCUUAUUUAUUUGCCAGUACGUUUAAAUAAUAAAGUUUAAUAUAUGAUUCUUAAAAAC